AUGGAGGGGAUUGAAGAAGCAAAUAGUGCCGCUGUAGAGAGUUCUCACAGAGUGCUUAGUCUUGUAUCAUAUCCCGAAGAUGAUCAGCCAAAACCCCUUCAUCUCCUUCAAACCAAUUUUGUCGUAAACCACCCAAUUCAAGAAAGGGGAUCCAAUGUCAAGAGUGAUCUCACAUUGGGGAACUAUUCUUUGGAAUUGAGCUCACACAGCAAGAAUCCUCUUCAACAAUCCCAGCAAUCAGCAAUUCAAAAUUAUCAUUUUCCUGAAGAGCAGCUGCAGUGUCAACAGCAAAGGUCUACCUGUACUCCUACCAUGUCGUCCACAAGGUCUUUUUUCUCUUCCUUGAGCAUAGAUGGAAGUGUUGCUAAUUUGAACGGAAAUGCCUUCCAUUUAGUUGGGGCAGCUCGAUCUGCUGAUCAGAAUUCAUACCAACAUAAGAGAAGGUGUUCUGGAAGGGGAGAGGAUGGAAGUGGGAAAUGUGGAAGUAGUGGUCGAUGCCACUGCUCAAAGAAGAGGAAGCAUCGGGUGAAAAGAUCAAUCGAAGUACCUUCCAUAAGCAACAAGUUAGCUGACAUACCCCCUGACGAGUAUUCACGGAGGAAGUAUGGACAGAAGCCCAUCAAAGGUUCUCCUCACCCAAGGGCAUACUACAAAUGUAGUAGCAUGAGAGGCUGUCCGGCGAGGAAACAUGUCGAGAAAUGCUUGGAUGAUCCUUCAAUGCUGAUUGUUACUUACGAAGGUGAACAUAACCACCCUAAGUUUCCAUCACAGUCUGCCAACAUUUGA